GGAGAAGGCCCAAAGCCUACCAACUUUUUGCGAUCGCAUCCCGCCCGAAAAUUCGAGCUUGGCCCCGAAACCACGACCAAUUGACGAGAGAUUGAGCUGUUGCAAGUUCGACCACGAACUACACGAAACCUCGCGAGUACUAUACCCCAGUCUGCGAACAGAAUAAAAAAAGAACAAACCCACACAGAGAGGAAGAAUGGCGUCUGCACAGCAGGUUCUGCUCUCACCGGCAGAGCUCGCCUACCUCCACUCGACCCUCUCCCUCACGCCGCCCAUCCGCCCAGACGGCCGCAAGGCAAACCAGUUCCGCCCCCUGACCGCAGAGACGGGCAUACUUCCCGGCACCAACGGCAGCGCGCGCAUCUGCUUCUCCGACGGCACGGAGGCCAUCGUGGGCGUCAAGGCAGAGAUCGAGAAGACGGCCAGUCCGUUAGGCGCAGACGUGGACGGCGAGGAGACCCCAGAGACGAGGAAAGACGCGGGCAAGAAGGAGGAGGUCAAGGGCAACAAUGACUGGCUCGAAAUAACGGUCGAGAUCCCGGCCUCCAGGGAGGACGACGCCGCGACCGUGUUCCUUGCCAACAUGCUCAGCGAAGCGCUGCUCGCCGACGGGGAGUUUACCAAGAAGCUGCGGAUUAACAAUCGGUUCCACUGGAAGCUCUACCUAGACAUCCUCCUCAUCUCCCCGCCUCUAUCCUACCCGCUCCCCCUCCUCUCACUCACAACCCACCUGGCGCUCCUCGCAACGCGCCUACCGCGCCUUAAGUCAGAGGGCGACGAAGACCCCAUGUUCGACGACGACUGGCAGGCCUCGACAUUCCUGUACCCUCGCGACGGCAGCGCGCCCGUCGACGGCGGCUCGCGGCCACCCAUAACACUGCUCGUCAUCGCCGUCGGCGGCAACGUCAUCUUCGACCCCGCGCGCGAAGAGCUCGCCGUCGCAGAGUCGGCGCUGGCGGUGUCGGUCGCCGAGGGGAAGACAGCCGCCUCGACUGGUGGAAUGGACAUGGACGGUCGCCAGCUGAAGCUGCUCUCCGUACGGACGGUUGACCCGCCUUCGCGGUUGACGGCACCUGGCGUGCCCAACUCGGUCAACCCGGCUACCGGUCUUGCGGGUACGCCGUCAAAGGCACCGACGGCCCCGGCGGCUGCGCAGGGACAGGCCGCGGAGGGUGUUUGGAGGCCACCUAUAGGAGGUACCAAGGUACAUGUGAUUGAGGGGAUGAUCUCCAAGGUCCUGGAGAAGGGGGGUGUUGCGGACGAGGUGCUGGAGGCGAUUGCUGCGGUGGAGUUGGCCUAAGACUUGAUUCCUGGGGCUUGAGUUUCAGGGUUUUUAAUGUUUGCGACUUGUCAGGAUGGGCAAUGGAAAGACAAAAGUCAUG